GAAACACCUACUGAUACAGAAGAGAUACAGAAGAGUUUGUAGCUGCAGCUGAUGCCACAUUUCACGUGUCUUUAGCCUCCCUUGGUUCAUCAGUUGCUGAACCCGAUGAUGAAGAUGAACAGGAGGAUGAAUCUACAGUAAAGCAGAGUGCAUCUAUGAAUAUCUUCACUCAGUCAGCCCCAAGGAUUGUAGAGGAGGCGAUGGCAGAGACUGGUGAUAUUGAUGCUCCUCCUGCCAGCAGACCAAAACCAUCCAACCUGAUCAGGAUUGUAAACAGAGCAAGACUCAACAUGAGACCCAAGGAUCCAAGAGAUUUGAAUUUUGAGCUUGAUCGAGACUUUUUGGAAAGUCAGAUGCCAGCCUUCCAAACCUUGGAUGUCUAUGCAUCUGGAUAUCGCCACCUCCUGAUGUAUACCCAACAUCAAUUGGACCUCUUAUCACAAGCCAGGACAUGGUACAUGGAUGCAACGUUCCAUGUGGUCAAUAAUCCUUGGACUCAACUGUUUACCAUUCACAGCUUCAUCAGGAGUGGGCAACACAUGAAGCAAGUGCCUUUGGUAUUUUGCUUCAUGUCAAGAAAAAGGAAGGAGGAUUAUUAUGAAAUUCUCCGGGCCAUUGACCGACUCCUUCCUCGACAGAUUUCCCUGCAGGGGUUUGUUGUGGAUUUUGAAUCAGCCAUGUGGCGGGCCAUCCAGGAUCGAUUUCCAUGGGCUGUGAUACAAGGAUGUGUCUUCCAUUGGACACAGGCCUUGUAUCGCAAAGUCCAAGAGUUAGGACUACAGAGAGCUUACAACGAAAAAGGAGAUGUACAUCGUUUUGUGAGGCAGGUCAUGGCCCUACCAUUCCUGCCUCCAGAACACAUUGAGCCAGUCUUUCAUCAGCUGGAUCAACGAGUUAGAACUGACACCAUGGAUGAAUUCAUGGGAUAUGUUUGGAGGCAGUGGUUUAAUAAUUCAAUAUUUCAUGUGAAGAACUGGAGUGUAUUUAUGGCCUCUGUGAGAACAAACAACGAUCUAGAAGGUUGGCACAACCGAAUCAACUCCAGAAUGAACUCCAGAGGACGAGUCCCAUUUUACCUCCUAUUACAAGAACUGUGCAAGGAGGCCACUGCCAUCCCCAUGCAGGCCAGGCUGCUGACAGAAGGAAAGAUGGAGAGACUACACAGGAAACAUUCCUCCAGACUCAAUGGCAAACUCUUCAAACUUUGGGAGGAAUACAAUUGCAGACAGAUCAGCACCACCCAGCUGCUGAGAAAGUGCUCAUACUUAUAUGGACCUGUUGACAUUUGAUGUGUUGUGUUAAGUAUUAAUUCAGCGGUGUU